AUGGACGGCAACGAGGGCAUCCUCGGCGGCACCGGCAAGGGCGCGACGGCCAACGUCGAGACGACCACGAUUAUCACGCCGGAGGGCUCCGUCUCUGCCUCCGGCUGGUUCUCUUGGCCCAAGUUCUGCCCGUCCUUCUUGCUCCGCCUCUUUGGCAUCCUCGCGCUGCUCUGCCUCGGAACCGCGUUUGCGCUCUCCUCGUACUCUGCCACCUCCGCGCUUCUCUCCUCGCGGUGGCACGAGUCCCCGACUUCCUUUCCCGCAGUCACAACGCCGAUCGCGCCGGCAUCGCUUAACGGCUUCUGCGAGAUUGGCGGCGACGACACCAGCAGCUCGUUUGCAGCCAUCGCCUCUCCGGACAGCGUGCCCGCCGACCACCCGGGCGGGCACGACGAGGGGCGCUCGUUGGAAGCACUGAUGGACGACGUCAACGAGGCGGUGGGCGAGCCGUUGCACCUGAUUGGCCAGCCGCCGGCGUCCAUCAUCAAGGACGUUUACGAGAAGCAGCCGGGCGAGGCCGACUUGGAGACCGUCCUAGCCUCCCGCAACAGCACGGAGCGCAAGGGCGAGCCCGAGAUUGACUUUGUCGGUCCCGUCUACAGCAACAGGACGGGGAUCAUCGCUCGGGGGCGCGACACCGUCCUGCCCGUGAACGACACGUCGCCCGAGUUGCGGCCCGCCGACGUUGGGAAGCCCGGGAUGGUGCGGAAGCUGGUUGAGACUAGCCUCGGCGCGGGGGCCUCCUUGCUGCUCGGGCGAGCCGGCAUGAAAAUGACCGCCUCACUCGUCUCGCGCGAGAAGGCGACCGACGCCCUCGUCCGCAUGAGCGCCGCCGCGCUGCUCGUCGGCAAAGCAGCCGCGGCUCCUCCGCCUCCCUCGCCGCCGCCCACGGUGCCUUUCCCCUCCCAACUGCUGCCGCUGCCGUCGCCGCCGCCGCCGUUGCCACCGCCUCCGCCUCCGCCGCUCUCUCCGCCAGCGCUCCCGUCGCCCGCCUCGCCGUGUUCCAUCGACGGUGCCUUCGCCUUCACCGGAGACCCCGACUCAUACCUCACCGCCGUUUCGCGCACGGGCCUCGUCGGCGGGGGCACUGGCUUCACCCUCUCUGCCUGGGUGUACCGCACACACACGGGCAGCUCGUGGGAUCGAGUGAUCGACUUUGGCAGUGGCCCCCGUGCGCACAACGUCCUCCUUGCCUUCAAAGACGGCAUGGUAUUGGAAGUGUGGCACGGCGCUACUCGUCCGCCGCGGCUGAGCGUGAACUCGCCCUUCCCAGUGAGCACGUGGACGCACGUCGCCGUCGUCCAGUCGCGCACCGGAGACGCCACCACCGGCCCCGUAACCAUCUACUGGGACGGCGUCGAGGUGGCGUCCACCGCAUCGAUGAACUUCCCGCUCUUGGUGGGUCGCUCGGGGCUGUACGUCGGCAAGAGUCACUGGGGCGAUCGCAUGUUCAUCGGCUCGAUGCGCGACCUGCUCAUCUGGGACAUCGCGCUCACGACGGCCGAGCUCGACGCGGUGCGCCUCGGAGGCGGCGUUCCCACCUCGACGGCGCCGCUCGUGUCGAUGAUGCGCACGUGGUGCGGCGCAGCGCCGCCACCGCGGCCCCCGCCGCCGCCGUCGCCGCCGCCGCCGCCUCCUUCGCCGCCUCUUCUACCCGACAUGGUGCAGCUGAGCUGCGGUUUCGAGGUCGACACUUGCGCCUGGAACGACACCGCGCCGGACGGGUACUCUUGGACUCGCACGAGCGGCGGCACGCCAUCGGCAGACACAGGCCCGAGCAGCGGCCACACCGGCUCGGGCUCCUACAUCUUCACCGAGGCCUCGUCUGGCCGCUCCAACAAGCUGCACCAGCUCGAGAGCCCGCUCUUCUCGCUCCAGCAGGACGCCAGCCUCUCCUUCGCCUACCACAUGUACGGCUCGAACAUGGGCACCCUCUCCAUCGAGGCCAACGGCACCGAGACGGGCUGGACGACGCUCUGGAGUAGGACUGGCAACCAGGGCAAUAGCUGGCUCGACGCGGCAGUGAUCCUACCCGCUUCGACGACGCAGGUGCGCAUCAACGGCUUGACGGGGUCGAGCUUCAGGUCGGACAUGGCGCUGGACGACGUCGCCUUCUCGCAGUUUGCGCCUCCGACGCCGCCGCCGUCGCCGCCGUCCUUGCCGCCUUCUCCGCCGUCGCCGCCGCUUUCUCCGCCGCCGCCGCCGCUUUCUCCGCCGCCGUCGUCGCCCGCAGUGCCUUUCCCCCCCCAAGGCGUACUGAUCCUCGACGGCAACUCCGAUACGGAGGCGUGCGUCCACGACGUUGCUGCCAUUGAACACGACGGGACAGCCAUCGCGGCGCAGUGCUGCGACGGCUCGACCUGCAAGCGUCGCACCUCCGGCAGCAACGACGACUGCAUCGCAGGGACAUGGUCCUCCUCCUUCCAGUACACAACCUUCCAGGAGGCUUCGGCGCGGUGCGCUGCGCUCGGCUACACUCUGUGCGACAAGAACUGCCAGGGGCAAGGCUGCAAUUACGACUCCAUCUGGGUGUGGACGAGCAAGCUAUGCCCGCUGCCACCGCCGCCCUCGCCGCCCUCGCCGCCCUCGCCGCCGCCGUCGCCGCCGCUUUCUCCGCCGCCGCCGCCGCCGCCGCCCUCGCCCCCUCCCCUCUUCCUCGACCAAACCCCAUCCGCAGACGGCCGCCGCCGCUUCCCGCUGCCGGCCGUCCGCCCCAGCGGCACCUUUGCGUUCCCGCCGGUGCCAGACUGCUCCGCCCCCGACCGGCUUGGGUGCAUUGAGUGCGGCAGCUUUGGCGGCGAUGGCGAGGCCGGCGAGCAGCGAUGCGCCGGCAGCGAGGCAGAGGCCUCUCGUCGCCGGAGGACGGAGGAGGUGCGCUCUUCGGAGUGCGCUUCCGGCUUCACUGGCCCGGAGUGCCAGCUCUGCGUCACAGCGAACCACUACCUCGUCGACGGAUACACGUGCAAAGAAUGCGCGCCGCGCGCCGCUGCGGCCGGCAGCAUUGUCGCCCUCGUCAUCUCUGUCUGCAUUGCCUGCGGCCUGGCGGCUUGGGCCUACAGCAAGACGGAAUGGCGAAAGGAGCGCUACAUCGGCCGCCUACUCCGCUUUGCCGAUCGUGCCUUCUACAUUUACGUUGCGAUCGGCCUCACGGCCAAGACCAAGGUGCUCUUUGGUUUCUACCAGAUCUGCACCGUGUUGUCCUCCACCUACUCGGCGCGGCUGCCGCCAGAAUAUACGGGCUGGACCGACAAACUGGCCAAUACGGUCUCAAUCGACUGGACGGGCUACUUCUUGCCGCAGCAGUGCCUCGGCUACGAUUUGCGGCUGCUCGCCAUUGCUCUCUCGCCCGUCGCCCUCAUUGCACUGCUCAUGGGAACGGGAAUCGCGCUGCGGCUCCGCCGCUGGCGUGCCGCGCCGCCACCGCGCCCAAUGGAAGCAUCGAUGCCGGGAGCCGACACCGAUGCAGCAUUCGGCGUCGUGGAAGCACCGAUGUCGAUGAUGUCGGCGAUCGCUGACGCGAUAAACACAGACGAGGACGCUCCGCGUGCGACGCCGUGGUAUGCGGAGGCGGCCCUCGGCGUCCUCGAUCUCACUCCGACCGGCUUGGCCUACACCGUCUCUCCGCCGAACGAGCGCCUGGAGCAGGUCUCCUACGUGCGGCUGGACGCGAGCAUCGAGUGCGGUACCGACGAGCACGGAUCAGUCACCGAGCUCGCCUUCGGCCUGAUCGCCCUGUGGCCUGCGGGCUCUCUGAUCCUCUUCACUUCGCUCCUCGUCGCUUGCUACAAGCCGCUGCGGGCCAAGAGGCCGAAUGCUCUGACGCGGGCCACCGCCUUCCUUCACCGGGAGUACAAAAAGACCUGGUACUGGUGGGAGGCGGUCGAGCUGGCACGCAAGCUCGUGCUCACGGGCUUCGUGCUGCUGAUCCCGGAGGAGCGAGCUUUUGUUCGCCUCGUGGUGGCGACCCUCAUCUGCUCCUUCUACGCCGUCGUGCUCGCCGUCGUGCGGCCCUUCAAGCGGGUCGAGGAUAAUGUGCUGGCUGUUGCCACUAGCCUGGUGCUCCUCCUCCUCUUCCUCGCCACGAACUGGACGACCACCUUCAUCGGCAUCGUGGAGCGCACCAGCGUCGACGAUGCCGAUGCAGUCCUCGGCUUCGAUAACCUGUCCGGCAUCAUCAACUCGAUGCUCGUCCUCGUCGGCGCGACGCUGGUCUUCUUCCUCAUCGGCGCCGUCUUCUCCGCCCGCCACGCCAAGAAGGCUCCCACGAUCCGCCUCGUCUCGACCAACCAGCCGCCCGAGCUGAGCAUCGGGAUGGGUCUCACGUGGCACCUCUUCAACAGCCACAUCUGGAGUACCGGUCAAGACGCCGUCGCGGUCAUCAAGGCUGAGCUCCAGCAGCUGCUGCCGGGCAUCAAGAUCUUCCUCGACGCGCGCGCAUCUUGCCCAGUCGCGCUGCACGGCGAGCAAAGCGCCUUUGACCCACCCAACUGCCUUCGAGAGGUUCGCUCGUCGCUCGAAAUGCACAAGCCGCUCGUCCUCGUCCAAGAGGCCGACCCGGCCAAGGGCGGCGGGACGCUACCAGCGCUGCGCGCAGAGUGCCCCGAGGAGCUCCAGCCCGACAUCUUUGACAAUGACUGGAGGCACACCAUCUGGUACCGGAUCCAGGAGUUUCAGCUCGUCUCGCUCAAGAUCACCGCCGAGGCGCUGCUCCUUUGUUCGCCCAACUUUCUUGGAAGCACCUCCCUUCCGCUCACAGUGACGGGCGAGCUGCGGAUCAGGGCAUUCGGCUUCUCCACGUUCGCAAAGGUCUGGGCCUCUCCGGCCAACGCCGGCGCGAGGGAGCUGGCCGAGGAGCUCGUCGCCGCCUUUCCCGGCCUCACCGUCUCCACCGCCGAGGAGGCCGGCGACGCGACCCACAUGCUGCUCUACCUCAACGAGCACAGCUUCAGCGACGAGCGGCUGGCCGAGCAGGUUACGCAGGCGCGCCAGGACAGGCUGCCGAUCGUCAUGGCGCACGAGAACGACCCGGACCUCGGCGGCUGCGAGUUCUCCAAGUUUUUCGAGACCACGCCGCAGGUGUCGCUCGUGCUCCUCGCAAAGGGUCUCGGCGCGACUCCGGUCAAGUCGAGCGCCGACCUCCGAUCGAGCAUCGUGCGCCGCACGUCAACGGCUUUCCGCAGCUUUGGCGGCUUCCGCGCCGCAGAGCGUUCAACCUCGGGAGAAGCCGAGGCAGUGGCGUCGGCGUCGGCGGCGUCGGCAUCGACGUCGGCAUCGGCGGAGCACGUGUAG